UGCAUAUCUGUGUUUGAUCUGUGUUUCGGUGCAUAAUGAGCCUCUCGCCUCUGUUGCUUGGAUCUGCCCAUGCCUAUGUCUCGAAAAACUAUGCCCUGGGGGUGCCACAUAGAACUCGAAGCGCUACCAUGGUACCUUGACGUUUUGACUCUUUGCUUCUAGGUGAUUCAAAAAAAGCGAAAGCCGACGCAUAUAUCUAGAAUGUACCCAUUCCGGUUUACCAUCACUCCGACAAAGUCCACCCACCAAGGAGACGGCAGCGGGGGACUCUCAGUCACCAAACAAAUGCGCAGGAUCCUCAACCAACCCGGCUACCUAUCCAUCAAAAUGGGUGGUCAAACUCUCCGAGUCCUUUAUAAUGACAGAUCCACCUCCUUUGAUCCUCAAAAGCUCACCUAUUUCGGACUAUGCUGCUACCUGGGAGAUUACGACAAAGUCGUCAAAGAAGUCGAAACUGGCGAUGCCCCCGACCUCGAAGGUUCAGAGACACCAUACAAGUUUGGGUAUCUCACCGUCGUCAUAUCCGGGGCGCAACGCCUCCAAACACCCAAUUCCCAGCAUAUCGACGUCCUCAAAUAUCUCAUAUCUCGCGGCGCGGCUGUAGACCUUCCAGAUAUCACUGGAUACACCGCCCUAUCCCACGGAACCAUGAACCACAUGGCGAAACUCGACAUGGCUCGGGUCCUUCUCGAAUCUGGGUCAGAUCCCAAUCAGCGUGACCGCUACGGCGAAGUCCCUCUACUCGGAUGCUUCCAGACCAACGGAAUCGGCGCUAUCGACCUCCUCAUGGAAUUCGGCGCCGACAUAGACAUCGCAGACGCAGACGGAGUCAAGCCACGUGAGUUUCAGCUCAAGUGUGGCCCAGAGGUGACAGCUGCGGUGCAGCGAUGGCUCAGGAAGCGUUCAGGGGACGAGAAACCGAUGGACAGCAAGGCAUGCGAAUUUUGCAAGAAACCAGGAGGAGACGGUGUCCAACUCAGGCUGUGCUCAAAGUGUCAGACUACAAGGUAUUGUUCGACAGCGUGUCAGCGUUCGCACUGGCCUACCCACAAGCCCCUCUGUCAACCAUUCUCCACACAGAACACCGUCACCCUCAUUCCAUACUACCCCGAAUCCCAAAACGGGUUCUGCCAACCAAUGGCCAAGUUUAAUCGGGACAUUUGGUCUAUCCCCGCACCCGAAACACCUCAGUCUCAUCACCGCUUCGCACAUACGCCCAAGAAUCUCCCGGCUAAAUCACUCAAGAGCAUCAUUAUCAAAGUGCAGGUACCUUUUGACGCAUUUUCGAGCAAGCCGCUAGCGAACGUAAAGCUUGACGGGGAUCUCCUGGUGUACACGAAGAAGAGAGAUUUCGUAUGCACGAUAAGACGAGGUGAUGCGCCGGAGGAGUAUGAUCACAUAUCCCAAGUGGUCAGGAUUAAGGGCGUGGGAGGGGCAAAAGCGUAUUUUGCUGCGGAGCUUAGGAGCAAAACGGCGUUGAUCGUGAAAGUAUCAGAGGUUCUCGCAGAGCAGCCUUUUUAAUUUUUCUCUCUUGAUCGUAUCAGAAUGCAAGACCGAGUAAAUAUUUUAAGAAACCGACCGCCAUAUUUCUACAUAGGUACUAGGGAUCCUCUUCAACGGAAAUAAGAAAGUAUCAAUAUG